UUUAAGGUUAUGUUGGAAGUUCGGCGUGUUUUAAAUAGAAAUUGUUUUAAAUUCUUAAACUGUUCUUUUUUUCUUAAAUAUAGAUCUCAUAAAAUGUUAACAAUGUCUUUAUGAAGUAAAUAUUACCGUCUGUCGAAAAACGGGAUUAAUUAAACCGGCAAAUAUUAAUAUAGUUUCAGCGUGUUGUAAUAAUGUCUUUUCGUGGACGUGGUGGCGGUGGGCGCGGUUUCGGGGGUGGUCGCGGUGGCGGGGGCGGUCGAGGAAACCGUAAUAGUUUCGGAGGCAGGGGAGGCGGAGGCGGCAGAAAUUUUGACCAAGGGCCACCAGACCAGGUUAUCCCAUUGGGAUAUUACGAUUAUAGCGUGCAAGAUGACCUAGUAUGCAAAGUCGAAAUUGAGGACGUGCCAUUCUUCAAUGCGCCAAUAUAUUUGGAAAAUAAGGAGCAGGUGGGGAAGAUUGACGAAAUAUUUGGCAAUAUUCGAGAUUACUCUGUAACAAUUCGUUUAGGAGAUGACAUGAAAGCUGGUAGUUUUAAAAAACUGCAAAAGCUUUAUAUUGAUCCUGCCAAGCUUCUGCCUCUGCAGAGGUUCCUCCCAAGAGCUCCCGGUUCAGUUCAAAAGAAACCGAGGGGUGGCGGAGGAGGUCGUGGUGGCAGAGGCGGCGGUCGCGGUGGUUUUGGUGGCGGACGAGGUGGCGGAGGAAGAGGGGGGCGGGGAGGAGGAUUUGGCGGUCGAGGAGGUUUUGGUGGGGGCGGAAGAGGCGGAGGUGGCAGAGGAGGGGGAGGAGGUGGAGGAUUCAAUAGAAACAGUGGCGGUUUUAAUAGAAAUAGUGGGGGAGGGUUCAACAAAAGGUGGUAAUGUGUGGUGUCCGAUUAAAUGUGGUUUUCAAGUUUGUUAUUUUAAUAUUAAAAUUUAGAAAAUAAAAAGCAAAAUAUUCCUAAACCUCCAUCACUUUUCUUGUUUCCCGCAAAUCCUUUGUAGUUAUUG